ACCUGCUAGGGAAAGUUUUGAAUAGCUCUAUUGUUCUAUUGAGGUUAGUGCAACUUUUACUGUACUGGAACAGCCUGCAAUGUAAUCUUUUCAACUACAAGCAGAAUAAAUAUAGCACAGUGCACAGCUACUUUCAGAACAAGCUAUCCGGAGUACUGUGACUUCACGUAGCUGAGCGUUAAAUACCACGCUACUUCCUGUCUUCGUCCCAAACUCUUUGGGAACAGCUUCAACAGCUCUUGUUGCAAGGCUGUUUCUCCCUAUCAAAUGUUGACCCUUUGUAAGGUCACCGAUUCUUUGUUUAUUAGCAAUUCCAAGUCAGCCUGCAACGAGAAUCUCCUUGCUCAAGAGGGAAUUACAUUUUGUGUCAAUGUCUCCAGGCAGCAGCCAUUCCCAAAUGUUCAGCAAGUCCAAACGCGGAGAGUCCCGGUCUUCGAUGAUCCAGCAGAGGACCUGGCUAAAUAUUUUGAGAGCUGCAGCGAUGCCAUAGAGAGCACAGUCCGGAGUGGCGGAAGGUGCUUAGUGUACUGUAAAAAUGGUCGCAGUCGAUCUGCAGCUGUCUGCACUGCCUACUUGAUGAAGCACCGACAUCUCAGCCUGAGAGAUGCCUUUGAGAUUGUGAAGACUGCCAGGCCAGUAGCAGAGCCUAAUGCAGGAUUUUGGUCUCAACUACAGAAAUAUGAAGAACAUUUACAAAGGGAGCAUCAGGUGGAUUCUUCUCCAAAGAGAACUUCACAAUAAAUAUUUUGAUUCAGAUUAUACUUUGGGGAAACUCUUUCAAAGUAUGUGUGCUUGAAGAUGCUUAGAAGACUGUGACUACCAGUGGUAUAUCUUAUCAGACCUGAAAAUGUGUUACCCUGUCACACACAUUUCCAAAAGUUUUUAUGUAUGAAAACAGAAGUAUAUCCUUCAUGGCCAGAAAGAAAAUGUUCUAGAAGGAGACAUCUUGAUUUUAUUGAACAAGCUGAGACUGGUUUGUGGGUUCCAUGAGGCCAAGUCAAUUAUGUAUUAAGAAAGAGAAGAGUGAAAUGUUGUAUAAAAUAUGUUUUAAUGCAUUUCAGUUACAUAUUUUUAUUUCACCAAAUAUGGUAUAUGGCAUUUAACAUGUUGCAAGCCAUCUGCAUAGACAUUAUUGUGAUAAUCAGCUAUACAUAAAGUAUUUGCUUUUACUUAAACAAUACACAAAAAUAGCAAUUCAGAAGAUCAU